GAGAGAGAGAACUGGGGGUAGAUGGGGAUUUACAUCAGAGAGGAGGGGGCAAUGACACAGUCCGUUACAAAGUGGCACUCGCUCGCUCAGAUGCUCACAGUCUGACACACGAUCACUUCUACACACACAUACACACACUCACACACACAUACACACACACACACAUUCACACACACUCAUACACGCACACAGCAGGCAUCAGUCAAGUCAGUCCAGCCAGUAAUGAGGAAUGAAACAGAACAGAGGGAUGCCCACUGGCCUUGCUUUGUAUGACCCACGGAUCAGGAGGUAACACCAAACAUCCUCCAUAAAAAAGAAACAUUGGAACCCCACUCAAGUUCGGCAGGUUUUGACAAAUCAGGGAUCUGGUUACUGGCAUCAUUAUUGAUCCUAUCCAAUCAGGGCACUGGAGUGCCAGACUCCUGCAGUGUGUCCUCCCUGGCAGAUAGUGAAGCCCCUCUCAGUGUGCUUGGACUGUUGAAACAGUAGCAGGGCACUGAGUUCAAGAGCCCUACUCUACUACAUCUGCUACAGCACACACUUGGUUACUCUGCAGACUCUCCACCCACAUAAACGGCCACCAUGUCUUCCCCAUCACUGCCUCUUCCCUCGCUGCCUCCCAGCCCCCUAGCAAUGGAGUACCUCAAUGACUUUGACCUGCUCAAGUUCGAGGUGAAGCCUGACACUCCCCCACCUCCUCAGGCGCCAUGUUCCUACCCCAAAGUAGGCCUCCAGCAGCGGGAUGUCUCUGGUUCCCCCUACGUGGUGCGGCCCCCUCCGGACUCCAGCCUGAGCUCCAGCCCUUAUACCUCCCUGCCACCUUCCCCAACCCUCAGCGAUGCCCAUCCCCCAUCGGCCUCGUCGUCCUCGUCCUCUUCACUCUCCUUUCCCCUGUCCGUCUCUGCCGGCUACGUCUCAGGACUCAGCCAGGCCUCUCAGGGCAAUCCAGAUGGCAGCCCUGGCCCAGGUGCCCCGCCACAGUGCCCCAAUCCUGCCUCUUUGGAAGACCUCAUCUGGUUGGCUGCACUGCAGCAGCAGUUUGGAGGAGAAGCAGGGGGUGCUGCAUCCCUCCUGGGUGCGCUUGGGGCACCAGAGAGAGGAGACAGGGAUAGGAGUGCUAUUGGGGGGUUCUUGGGAUGUGAAGAUGCUGUAGAGGCGCUGCUCAACUCGGCUGCUGCGGCUGUAAGUUCACAGUUUCCUGUGCUAUCACAGAGCUCUGGAAGCAGUAACUUGGGAGAUUCCAGUAGUGAGAGUGGAGGUGACGUAGCCAUCAGCAAAACUUCAGAGCUAUGCCACCGUCCUCUUCUCUUCGUCUCUUCUGCCCCUCCCUCUCUCCACGGUGCAAACCCACCCACUGCCCAGUACCCACAACCCCCCAGCCCACAAGGCCGCCUUCAUCACCCACAGCAUCAUCACCACCACCAUCCUCAUCAUCCCAUGCAUGGCAGUCACAGUCACCAUCAUCACCACCAGCUCCAAGUUGGUCAGUGUGCAGUGGACGAGCGUUUCUCGGAUGAACAGCUGGUCAGUCUGUCAGUGCGGGAGCUGAACAGACACCUGCGAGGUGUGAGUAAGGAUGAGGUGGUUCGCCUGAAGCAGAAACGAAGAACCCUGAAGAACCGCGGUUAUGCCCAGUCCUGCCGGUACAAACGGCUGCAGCACCGACAUGCACUCGAGUCCGAGAAACACGUCCUCACGCAACAGUUGGAGCAGCUGCAGUGUGAGCUGACCCGCGUCUUGAGGGAGCGAGACGCCUACAAGGCCCGCUACGAGAAACUUGUUAGUUCCAGCGAGGCCCCACCCAUUCAAGCCAAUAAACCACCUUCCCCACCCCCUGACUACUUCCUAUGAUGCCCUUUGCUGGAAGGAAAAGACUGGAGAGCAGUGAGGCAAUAAAACAAGAACCAAAGGAGAAAGACUGUCCCAUCCAAGCAGGCUAAUCAGUCCCUCAGACAAUACUGUAGAAGGUGAGACAGAAAAAAGCAGAGGGAGGGACCCUCAACAGUGAAAUAAGCUACUUGACCAAAGCGGGUUCACUUUGACUGUCAAAUCCGGGCUCAACCUGAAGCCCUAGAUUGUAACUCCAUGAAGAUCGUGCUCUCUGCUGCUGGAUGCUGUUUUUUUUUUUUCGGUUCAAUCACUGGAAGGUUUGUAGUCGCACAAAAAAAGAAAUAAACACCAAGCUUUUGCAACUUUCAAAUGCAUUCUCAUUUUUUUGACAUACUAUGUCUAGUCCAGGGAAGGAAAGAUUAGAUGAGAGCUGUGUGGUAGUUCUUGGCAGUGGAGCAAUAUCAAGGACGUCGUCGAACUUUACAUUUGAACUGCAGAGGCUCCUCUUGCACUCACUUUAUGGUUUUCACCAUGUGCCACAGCUCUAACAUCACUCUCUGAUAAGGACGUUUUCAAAGAUGCGUCUGCCUGCUGCUCUAUAACCUUUUGAUUAAGACUGUAUAAAUCAUAAGGUACCUUUUUUGUGUGUGUUUGAGUGAUAGUAGUCCCAAAGAUCGAUGAAAGUCUUACGUUAUUGCACAUCUUUUCGAUAACAACACAUACCUUUGCAUAUGUUUCGAACAGAAAGGUUCAACAAGUAUUGUAGUUUUGAACGAAAUUCAGAAAAAAGGAGGGGUUUAAUCAUGUUUGUGACUGAUCAUAGAUCUGCUUUUACUGUCGAGGAUACUGUGUGAAUUUUUUUGUGUGCUUGGAAGUGGUUGGAACGCAAGGCAAUAUCAAUGUGUUGUGGCAAUAAGUCUUUGAUUUGCAUGGCUGAGUGAAUUAAGUGAGUUUUGAGUGACAGUGUCUAUCACUAUGUCUUAAAGUUAAGUGAGCUGUCUAGACAGACUUCCUAAAGUUUUUAUACCUUCAAUUUGCUGCAAUCGAAGGCAAAAACCAUUUGGUUAAAGAAUCAUACACUAAAAUGAAUAGAUAACAGAUUUUUUAAAUAGCAGAUUUCAUUCGAAAAAAUGCAUUAUAAUUGCUACAGUCAUUAAAUAAACGACUAUCUAAAUAACUUACUUUAGCAUCUUACGUGUCUUCUUUGUGGAGAAUUAGUAGAGAAAGUAGUUAAGAAUUUGUAUUCAAAGGCUCAAAUGGUUUGGUUAACAUGAUGCUUAUUUAGACAGCUCACUGUAUUAAGACACACUCAUUAAGGUGAACUGAUAGAAAUAGAGGCAUUUACCAGGCUUGUUACAGAGUGAAGCUCAUGAACCAGUUUCAGAGACACUAACAACCAAUUCACCUCCGAAUUCACAGAGCUGGACACUGUGGGUUAUUGAUAUUAUUAUUAUUAUUAUUUUUUUUUUUUAACAACUGGGUGAAAUGCAGAGACAUAUAUCGAGGUCUCUUCAGUACAUUUACAUUGUUUCUUUAGACAUACAUCACUGCAAUGCCAUCUGAAUAAUUAGCUCAGAGAUCAUUUUGUUUUCUAUCUUUCUUUUUUUAGAUGAGUGUAGUUCGAUUAAAUAAGAUUGUAUGUUGAAUUUAUUCCCUUUUAUUUAUUCACACUAUUUAUUGUUUGUUGGUGUAAUGGUCAUGUUCAUGUGAUCAUUUGCUGGUUUACUGUUUUAUUUACAUGCUUAGUGUGAUUUAUUUAUUUUGUAGCUUGAUAACAUAUAUAUUGCCAUGAUUCCUAUGAUACUGACCAUGAUUCCAAUCAUUAUUACAAUUGUUUUGGUUUAUGCUCUAUUGUAGUGGUUUCUUAUGAAAAUAAAAAUAUUUUUGUCA